AGCCCGUGUCUGGGUGCACACCCUGGGCCCCGGGGCAGGUUAUCCACCUGGAGUUGCACACUCGGCUUCCGGGAGAAGCGCUCUGGGCGCCGUCUUUUCGGCGUGACCCCAAAGUCACUCCGCAGAUCGCCCGCCCUUCCUCGCCCCGUCUGGCACUGGGGAGGCACGGGGAUGGUGACUUCACUCUAGAGUCCAUUCGUGAUCGGGUUAGACCAAGCCAUGAAAUUACUGGGCAGAGUUUCUUCCGGGCUUUGGCCUGGGCGCUGCAGCCAAAGCUUCUGCUCUGAACACAGCCCAGGCAAGAUCCCCCUGGCCAGGAUGUCAGGCCUGGUGCUGGGGCAGCGGGAUGAGCCUGCAGGGCACCGGCUCAGCCAAGAGGAGAUCCUUGGGAGUACCAGGCUGGUGAGCCAAGGGCUGGAGGCUCUACACAGUGAACACCAGGCCGUGCUGCAAAGUCUGUCCCAUACUAUUGAGUGUCUGCAGCAGGGUGGCCACGAGGAAGGUCUGGUGCACGAGAAGGCCCGGCAGCUGCGCCGUUCACUGGAGAACAUUGAGCUGGGACUGAGUGAAGCUCAGGUGAUGUUGGCUCUUGCCAGCCACCUGAGUACAGUGGAGUCAGAGAAGCAGAAGCUACGGGCUCAGGUGCGGCGGCUGUGCCAGGAGAACCAGUGGCUCCGGGACGAGCUGGCAGGCACUCAGCAGCGGCUGCAGCGCAGUGAACAGGCUGUGGCUCAGCUGGAGGAAGAAAAGAAGCAUCUGGAGUUCCUGGGACAGCUGCGCCAGUAUGAUGAGGACGGGCAAACCACGGAGGAGAAGGAAGGAGAUACCACCAAGGAUUCCCUGGAUGACCUCUUCCCCAAUGAGGAGGAAGAGGACCCCAGCAAUGGCUUGUCCCGCGGCCAGGGCGCUGCGGCAGCCCAGCAGGGGGGAUAUGAGAUCCCAGCGAGGUUGCGGACGCUUCAUAACCUGGUCAUCCAGUACGCAGCCCAGGGCCGCUACGAGGUGGCCGUGCCACUCUGCAAACAGGCACUAGAAGACUUGGAGCGCACAUCUGGCCGAGGCCACCCUGAUGUGGCCACCAUGCUCAACAUCCUGGCUUUGGUGUAUCGGGACCAGAAUAAGUACAAGGAAGCUGCCCACUUGCUGAAUGAUGCCCUCAGCAUCCGGGAGAGCACCCUGGGCCGGGACCACCCAGCUGUGGCUGCCACACUCAACAACCUAGCUGUGCUGUAUGGCAAAAGGGGCAAAUACAAGGAGGCAGAGCCCCUGUGCCAGCGGGCACUGGAGAUCCGAGAAAAGGUCCUGGGCACUGACCAUCCAGAUGUGGCAAAACAGUUGAACAACCUGGCCUUACUGUGUCAAAACCAGGGCAAGUAUGAGGCUGUGGAACGCUAUUACCAGCGGGCACUGGCCAUCUAUGAAGGGCAGCUGGGGCCGGAUAACCCUAAUGUAGCUCGGACCAAGAACAACCUGGCCUCCUGUUACCUAAAGCAGGGCAAAUACGCCGAGGCUGAGACCCUAUACAAAGAGAUCCUGACCCGUGCCCAUGUGCAGGAGUUUGGGUCUGUGGAUGAUGACCACAAGCCCAUCUGGAUGCACGCAGAGGAGCGGGAGGAAAUGAGCAAAAGCCGGCACCGGGAGGGUGGCACGCCCUAUGCAGAGUAUGGAGGCUGGUACAAGGCCUGCAAAGUGAGCAGCCCCACGGUGAACACAACUCUGAGAAACUUGGGAGCUCUGUACAGACGCCAAGGAAAGCUGGAGGCAGCAGAGACCCUGGAAGAAUGUGCCCUGCGUUCCCGGAAACAGGGUUCUGACCCUAUCAGCCAGACCAAAGUGGCCGAGCUGCUAGGCGAAGGUGAUGGCAGAAGGACCUCCCAGGAGAGCCCUGGGGACAGUGUGAAGUUCGAGGGAGGUGAAGAUGCCUCUGUGGCGGUGGAGUGGUCGGGGGAUGGCACUGGGACCCUACAGAGGAGCGGCUCUCUGGGCAAGAUCCGGGAUGUGCUCCGCAGAAGCAGUGAACUCCUGGUGCGGAAGCUCCAGGGGGCGGAGCCUCGGCCGUCCAGCAGUAACAUGAAGAGGGCAGCCUCCUUGAGCUACCUGAAUCAACCCAGUGCGGCCCCCCUCCAGGUCUCUCGGGGCCUCAGUGCCAGUACUGUGGAUCUGUCUUCAAGCAGCUGACAUUCAACCUCUGCCCCAGCUCUGCUGGGUCCCCCACAGCCCUCAAUAGCAUUCCCCAUUGCUCCCGACUCUUCCCCACCACACGGUGGGACAACGAAGAGGACUGUUUUUAACCAGAAGAUUGCUGCUGCCCAUAGGGUCUUUGCUCCCUCCUCAGGAAUCCCCUUUGGACGAGCCAUCAGGAUAUCCCGUCCCCAUCCUGAGGUCCUCUAGAGUAGCUGGCUCUGAGGCCCCCAAGGUGGGUAAGGAGCAGGUAUGCACCUCAGGGAUGUAGCCUGCUUUUCUGUCAGGAGGUCCCUGGCCCUCCUCCUCGCCUGCCCUCCACUGCGUCACUGCAGGUCCAUGUAUUUCACGUUUCUUAAAUAAAGGAAUCAGGAUCUUC